AUGUUCUCGAUGCUGACCAGGUCAAUCAAGCGGCAAUUCUCGAGUAACAACAAUGCUUCAGACAGACGUACAACGCGUACUACUACUCUUCCCAAGAACCAUCCAAAGACAUCAAGCGGCAGAAAAAGAAUCUUGUCCCAAUACCGCGAGCGCGAUCGUCAGCACCUUCCUCAGGACGCGGACAACGAUGACACCGAAGAAGAGGAUGAUUCAGAAGAGGAGGAAGAGCUGGUGGACGAAGACGGCGGCUCGUCUGCUCACGACAGAGAAGAGGCUCCUCUAUUGCCUAUUUUCUCCUCGGCUGAUCUCGAUGUCCUACCCGUCUUCACAAUGACGCAUUUAUUCCGAGAGAUGGUCGUUGAAAGAUGCGAUACGGUCCUGACCUGGGAGCAGCUGCGAUCUCCUCAAGUAUCACAAUUUUUGGUCAAGCCUAUUCAGCAGGAAAUCAGACAGAAUCAUAUGAACUCGGCUACCCAAUACGCUCUCAUGGCCAAUGCUUUACAAUUCAACAAAGAGGCUGGCAUACUCCCUGGAAACAGUGGCACGAAUAAAACUCGUGCAAUGCUCUGUGAGCUCAUUGCUAUCAGGCUGGUCAGAGAGUGUACUACUCACGAAUUGAUCGAUGCACUUUCCUAUGAUUUUGAUCCUCUACAAGGUCAGCCGUCGACUGAGCCAAUGCUUCCUGCUGGAGGUCGCCGAUACGCGGCUCCUAGGCCUGCCCGUAUCUCUUGCAUCGAGGUUGCUAUUCGAGCCUCAGCCAAGCGCUACCUCUCACAUCCCUUAGUCAUUCAGCACCUUCAAGCCAUCUGGAACGGCACCAUUGUUUUCCAUUCGCUGGCCGACAGCAUGCAUCGCAAGCGCUCCCUGGCUCCUCAGCAAUUGUACGGUACACAUUCCUCCACCUUACUUGCUGUACCGUCAUCUACCAGCAAUCGAACUGCCACAUUGUACAAUCCACGUGAGGCGUCGCUGUUCAAACUCUCCAGGCUCCGUGUCCCUCGCUAUAGGAACAUCCUAAAUACUUUCUCUUUCGCUAUCCUCCUCAUCUUAUUUAUUACAGUUCUCGAGGACAAGUCUUUGGACAUCACAACACUGGAGUUGGUCUUCUGGGCCUGGACUGCUGGAUACAUGUUGGAUGAGGUUAUUGGCUUCAACGAGCAAGGUUUCAGCUUGUAUAUGGCUAGCUUUUGGAAUACUUUCGACCUUGGCAUCUUGGUUCUCCUAUUUGUUCACCUAUGCUUAAGGCUCUAUGGAGUCGUCCUUCCUGAUGAUAAUGAGAACAAACACUAUAUUGCCAAGUUGUCCUAUGAUGUCCUUGCUGCGAGUGCGGUCCUCCUCUUUCCCCGGCUCUUCAGUGUCUUAGAUCAUUACAGAUACUUUUCCCAGCUUAUCAUAGCCUUCCGCAUGAUGGCUGCCGACAUGGUCGCAAUAUUCCUCCUUAUCAUCGUCUUUUGCAGUGGGUUUCUGGUCGCUCUAACUUUCGCUUUCAGUCGUGGUCCCCAAACAGACACUCCCAAAGACGUUGCUUAUGCUCUACUGCAGAUGCUGCUUGGUUUCACGCCCGCUGCGUGGGACCGAUGGACGGACUACAACAUUCUGGGCAAGAUGGUCUUGGUGCUCUUCUUGUUUGUUUGUCACUUUGUGGUAGUCACAAUCCUCAUCACCGUCAUGACCAAUUCUUUCAUGGAGAUUGUGCGAAAUUCCAACGAAGAGCACCAUAAUCUCUUCGCUAUUAACGUCAUCAGCAAUGUCAAAUCAGAUUCUUUGUUUGCCUAUAUUCCUCCUCUGAAUGUACUGCAGUGGCUUGUCACUCCUUUAAGGUACAUUUUACCCUUCAGGCAGUAUCUCAAAGUCAACCGCACUAUCAUCAAAGUCACCCAUUUGCCAAUUCUGUGGACUAUAUAUUUGUACGAGAGAUUCUUAUUACGAGCCCGAUAUGUCGAUAGUAUCGACCUGGUGGAGAAUAAAGGCCGUGUUCGAAGAACGUUCUCAGAACGCCUUCCCCGAUUGAUGAGAGAGCCUUCGAUAGCCACCUUCCGACAGGAAGCUGCCCUGGAAGAGGUCUUCAGACAAGCUACCUUCCGAUCCACAAGGAGUAGAGAACAGCAUAAGUCUACCAACACUGUUGACAAUUGGAUAAACACAAUGGACGAUGAGGAUGCAGAGCCUCCGCAAGAACAAGACCGCAAAGUGGUGGAUAAGCUUGAAAGAAGACAUCUCGGCUCUCGCAGAUUAAAUACUUACCAUAUUCGCGACUUUUCGCUCUCGAAAAGACCGACGUCUGUGGCUUCCGAUCCAAACGAUCUCACAUCACACGCUGAUCUAAUGUCGUCACAUGCAUUCUUGCUUCCUGCUGCAGAUAUGACACCAUCAGGACUCGAUCUGCCUGCUCAACAGACAGAUGCUGACGGCGACGACGAGCUGAUGACGAACGAGCACGAAGAGGACAACGAUACUAACGUGGCUCCUUCUGAUCUGCACACAGGCUCAUUCAUCAAGCUAAUUCCUCGAGAUAACUUCGCGACUCCAGCGGCCUCAAUACAAAGUCCUUAUCUUGUCGGUUCUACGACCUCUGCUGGUAGUCGACAAGGAGGUGUGCAGUUUUUGCGACCCCCGGGUCGACGCAAUCGUCCGCAGCACAUGCGCAAUGUGUCUUCAGCGACUAUGAUCUAUAACCCCCCUGCUGGCUCGGAAUCUGAUGAACGUGUUGGUGGAAACACUAUCAACGAAUCACCCAAACGGAAAUCUCCCAAGGCUAUAGCUGCACGAUCGCAGUCGCCAUCCUUAAAGCCCUCAUCUGGCCAAGGUCGUAGGAGUCCAAGACGAGGUCUUCCGGUGUCGAUUGAGCGCACCAGCCUGCCGCCCAGAAAUAGUGCCGCUUUUCGAUCUGUCCCUGAUAUGGCGAACCUUCAUGCACUGCCACAUGAUCGCGCUGACAGACGAGCAUCUCCCGGAAGACCCCGCCGCUCGAGUCUGGAGGUGGAUCUCGUCUCAGAUAUUGGUGAUAACAAAGCAAUUGGUGGCGGUUACGUCGGUGCCAUACCUUCCUCAUUCGCGAGUCAGAUGGCGCACGCCACGAACGCUAUGCGUAGAUCACAGCAUCAGCUGCGGGAAGACGAAGAGAAGCGACGACACGACAACAAUGAGCUGUUUGGACGGCUGAUGAUGGCACGUAUGAAUUCGCUCGAGGAAGGUUUUCGAGAUGUUGUGCAUGAGGUCAGAGAGAGUAUGAGGCAGGUUGGCAGUGGUUUAGCAAGUCGACAGAGAAGUCCAGACAGGGACAACGCUGCACAAAUCCAGGCUCAGAAGCGUCCUAACAAGAGGUUCAAAGAGCGUCAGGAAACAUCUACGCGGUCUUCUGAUAAUGUGAGCGCUUUCUCUGGUGGGCACAGGAACAAUCAAGUCGAGACAGCCGAGAAAAGUGAUUCAAAAUUGGCUGGUGACGCAGCUUCAAAUGGUAGAGACGAAGCAGCAGAUGAGCCAAGCACUGUUCAAGUCACAAUUGACAGUCCUGCUAGUACGAUCAGGGAAGAGCGCAAGCCCGAUACCGAAACUCGGACGCAUCCUGACAAUUCCAAAGAGUAA